AUGAGUUGCAGACAGUUCUCGUCGUCCUACCAGAGCUGCAGUAGCUGCAGGGAUGGUGCGGGUGGUGGGGGCAGCAUGGCGUCCUCCUUCCGCCGCUUCAGCUCCUCAGGGGCUAGUGGAGGAGGGGGCCGAUUCAGCUCUUCCAGUAGCUGUGAUGGGGGAACUCUGGGCUGUGGGAGGGGAGGUGGCAGUAAUUUUGGCUCCACCUAUGGCAGAGGGGCUGGGGGUGGUUUCAGUGCUGGUAGUUUUGGCAGGAGUUUUGGUGGAGCUCCCAGGGGCUUCAGUGGUGGCCCUAGAAGAGGCUUCGGUGGGUGGGGGUUUGGGGGUGGUGCUGGAGGCGGUGAGGGUGGCAUUCUGAUUACUGACAAGAAGACCACCAUGCAAGACCUCAACGCCUGUCUGGCCUCCUACUUGGCUAAGGUGCAGGCCCUGGAGGAGCCCAACACUCAUCUGGAGAAUAAGAUCUGGGAGUGGUAUGACAGGCGGGUGCCCAGGACCUUCCAAAAGGAUUGCUCUUGUUAUUACGACACUGUCAAGAGUCUCAAGAACCAGAUUGUGAACCUCACAGUGGACAACAGCAAAACCCUCCUGGAUAUUGACAACGCUCGCCUGGCACUGGAUGACUUCAGGAUGAAGUUUGAGAUGGAGCAGAGCCUGUGAAAAGCAGUGGCCGCUGACAUCAGUGGCUUGCAUAGUGUGCUGGAUGACCUGACUAUGCAAAAGUCUGACCUGGAGAUGCAGUAUGAGUCUCUGCAGGAGGAUCUGAAAACACUCAAGAAGAAUCAUGAAGAGGAGAUGUGCCAGUUGACUGGUCAGAGCACCGGGGAUGUCAGUGUGGAGAGGAAUGCUGCUCCUGGCAAAGAUCUCACUAAGGUCCUCAAUGACAUGCGCCAGGAGUACAAGCAGCUCAGCGCUAAGAACUGUAAGGACGUUGAGCUGCAAUAUGAGACUCAGGUGAGCAGGAUUGAGCAGGAGGUAACAAACAGAAGCCAGGAAAUGGAGUUCAACAACAAAGAAGAGACCCAGCACCGGCAUAGCAUCCAGGAGUUGGAGAUGGAGCUGCAGUCUCAGCUCAGCACGAAAUCGGCCCUGGAGAAGUCCUUAGAAGACACCAAGAGCCGCUACUGUGGCCAGCUGCAGCAGAUCCAGGAGCAGAUCAAUAACCUGGAGGCCCAGCUCACUGAGAUCCAGGCAGAGAUUGAGUGCCAGAAUCAAGAAUACUGCCUUCUGCUCAACAUCAAGACGUGGCUAGAGCAGGAAAUUGAGAACUACCACAGCCUCCUUGAAGGAGGCCAGGAGGACUGUAGUGAAUCCUGUGGAGCUGGACAAAUUGGCUUUGGAGGUGGCAAAGGAAGUGGAUCUCAAGGUGGAAAUGGAGGCAGUCAUGGAAGAGGAUCCAGGGGAGGAAGUAGAGGGGGUCAUGGAGGAGGAAGUGGAGGCAGCUAUGGUGGAGGAAGUGGAGGUGGCUGUGGCUACAAGAUGUGA